AGCAGGGCACCGAACCUUUCCUUGAGCUUCCGUCUCGCUUCCCCAAACGAAGGGUGACAGUCCCCGCCGCGCGCGGGGGCGAGGGGAGCCGCAUGCCCAAGCGCACCGGCCUCUGCCAGCGCCUGCCAUCGCGCGCCCCUCCGGGAUUCCGGGGCCUGGGAAGCUCCGGGCGGGAGGCGGGGAGGAGGCGCCGCGAACUCGCCCCGGGUGCUGGGCCGCGCUCCCCGCGUUUGAAGUCUCCGGCGCGGCCGCUGGUUGGGCGGCGCGGGUCACGUGCGCGCGGGCAGGAGUUUCCCCGACAGCUGGAGGCUGCGUGGGAUCCGGCGGCGGCGGCGGCGGCGGCGGCGGCAGCUCGCGGCGCGGCCUUCCCCGCCCCCUCGCCUCGGAGCUUCCGCCGACCCCUCUCCCCCGGGCGGCUGACAGACCGGCCGCGGCUCCGAGGCGCGCGUCGGCAGCGAGCAUGGGCGACAAGAAGAGCCCCACCAGGCCGAAGCGGCAGCCGAAGCCCGCCUCGGAUGAGGGCUACUGGGACUGCAGCGUCUGCACCUUCCGGAACAGCGCCGAGGCCUUCAAGUGCAUGAUGUGCGAUGUGCGGAAGGGCACCUCCACCCGAUCCACAUUCUUUGAAGCUAUUGUGAGUGGCUCGAGGACCAAGGGACCGUUGCAUCCCAUUUCAGGAAGGAAACCUCGACCUGUCUCCCAGCUGGUCGCACAGCAGGUUACUCAGCAGUUUGUGCCCCCUACCCAGUCAAAGAAAGAGAAGAAAGAUAAAGUAGAAAAAGAAAAAAGUGAGAAGGAAGCAACUAGCAAAAAGAACUGUCAUAAAAAAUCCAGACCAAGAUUAAAAAAUGUGGAUCGGAGUAGUGCUCAGCAUUUGGAAGUCACUGUUGGAGAUCUAACAGUCAUUAUUACAGACUUUAAGGAGAAAGCAAAGUCAGCGCCAGCAUCCAGUGCUGCUGCUGGGGAUCAGCACAGCCAGAGCAGCUGCAGCUCCGACAACACUGAGCGGGGUGUGUCCAGGUCCUCCUCUCCUCGGGGAGAAGCCUCACCCCUGAAUGGAGAGUCUCACUAAGCGUUCGUGCUCCACUUAGUCACGCCUCCUCCCAUGGAAAUACAGAUUAUGCCAGGAACUACCACAUUUUCAUGACAGACACAUUCGUGCAUAACCUAGAAUUUGUGUUUUACAUGAAAUAUGAAUUUGCCAGGACUUAUUAGAUUUUAUUGCAGUGUAAGCUACCAAAUGUUUCCAGACUUAUCAUUUUGGUCUCUGGUGUUAAAUGCCAUGAAAAUGUGGUUGAAUUAUUCAUUAUGCAGUGUUAUUGGUAAGUCUAUUUUCACUUAUAGUUUAGUGAAUUCUAACACAUAAUUAUUGAAUUCUCUACUAUCGGCAUGUAAUGAGUUUAAAUUUUUUAUUACAUAGUGCAAGCUGCCUAAAUAUGUAUUAUUUGAGAAUUGUGAAACAAAUAGUUAUAUGUAUGCAAGUCAGAGAUCAACUUAAUCAACUAUGGCUGCAACAGGAUUUUCUUAAUGGUUAUCCUCUUAAUGCACCUGCUGGUACUUGGUGUGGUUAAAUAGGAAAGUUGUUAUUAAAUAAAGAAUUUGUAUGAACCUUUGCCAAUGUGUUUGACAUGUUCUUACUAAAUUAUUGUUUCUGAAUUAUGUUUUAUCCAUUUUACAGUUUAUGUUUGUUUAGUUUGCUUAUUUUUUCAAAGCAUCAAUUUAUUGUAAUGUUUACUAGCAGAAUUGUAAACAAUAAAAAAUGGAUCGUUUAGCUUUCUAAUUCAGGUUUAGUGCUGUUGUCAUUGAACACUGGUUUUUCCUGUAUUCUCUAAGACAUUAAAGAUAAAGAAGUAUAAGCAUCUGGCAGAAACAGAAAAGAACUUGCCAUACUUGGAAAGUCUUUAACUUAAUGAUAGUUUAACACUGUUUUCCUUGUUCCAAACCUAUCCACGGUCAUAGACAUGUGAAUCUAAUUAACAUAAACAUGGUGACUAUUGCAUAGAACCAGGAGGUUGAUCUUAGAUCAGUUUAAUUGGCCUUUUAUUAAAUAGAACAAUUCAUAUGAAAACCAUAGUACUCUAUUUCCAGAUACAGCCUUUAAUUUAUGCAUUUAUCAAUAUCUUGAAAUAAAAGUAUUUACAACCCCACUCACUUAUGUAAGAUUACCAAUAAAAUAUUUUUUAUGACUUCAGAUUUUGCAUUUUGUUUACAACUAAAUGAAGUGUGUUAUGUUGUAUUUGAAAAUCUAUCUUAGAAACCACAUGCUACAUCUUAAAUUCUAUUAAAUUCUCCUGUUUUCUCUAGCCAUUUGCUUAAUAUAUAGAUAUUAAGUCCCUAUAGGACUUCUGAAAUGUAAAUCAACCUAAAGACAAUACGUAACUUGAAUAUAACCUAUCACAUAAAAGAUGCCAUGAUAACAUUUGAAGGAAAAAUAAAACUGUGGACUCUGAAAGUUAUGAUAUUUGGUUUCUCAUGGCAAUGUAACUCUGUUCAAUUGCAGUGCCUUCUAUUGGCACAGUGGUACUCCUGUAACAUGCUAGUGUGAAUACAGCUUAUUUCAUGCAGUAAACGUCUGUGAUGAAAACAUUCAAUACCUCAUUCUUCAGUGUUGUUAAAUGAAGAUGUAAAACUUGUUUUAUUCUAAGAUACUUCAAUGGAAUACCAACUGUCUGGCUAUGUUCUUUUCAAACAUGUUAUUUUUGCAUUGUUUUUCAUGUAUUAAUGUCCAGUGUAUCCAGUUUUAAAUACUUAUAAUGGGGAAAUACUCUAGUUCCUAAAACAAAAUAAGUAAAGGCAAUAUAUCUUAUAGUGAUCAUA